AUGAACUCAGAAAUACUUUAAUCAUUAGAAUAAGAAUUCAAUCUAGCAAAUAAGAAUCCUGAAGAAAUAGUAAAUGUCCUUGAAAAGAAAUUGAAUGAAUAAUAAAAGGAAACUAUCAAUUAAUUAGUGGCAUUGGAUCAAGAAGUUGAUGAUAUUAUUAAUUAAAUCAACAAAUUAGACAUGAAAUAUGUGGAAUUUGAAGGAUUAAUAGAGGCUCAUACAGAACAUAUAAAAGCCAUUAGCAGAGGCACUUAAAAUAUGGAAAGCUAUCUUAAGGUGUUGGAAAUUCGUAUUAAAAAUUAAAAGUAAUUAAGUGAAUAUAUUAAAUGAAUUAUUAUAUAAUUUAUGUC